AUGACGAGCAGAUCAGUCGAAGAAGAUAAAGAUGUAGUUUUGUCACUGAGACAUGUUGAUUUGAAACAAGUAACUCCAGGUACAACAUACGGAAAAACUGGACGGGAUAUGAUGAGACUGGUUUUUGGCGCUGAUGCUCAGUUUUCUAUCGUUGAACGAGGAGAAUUCGAAAUUCUAUUAGUUACUACUGUGGAAAUUAAACCAGCAGCAGAAUCGCAACCAUUACAGUCGUGA